AUGUCCUGCUCACCCGUGCCGCGGCCUGAACCUGACUCCAGUGACUACGGAACGGACUUCACCGAAGAAGAGGACGAACUGUUAAACGAGCUACUAGCCGCGGCUGACGCGCAACACGCGCCCGUUCGCUCCGAUGCCAUCUCAACCUCGACCUCGACUCCGAAUUUUGCAGUGCCAACAACCGAAAACGCGAAUAUUGUCACUACACCGGAACUUCCAGUUCCUGGAUCCCUACAACCAGCGAUCUACGCGGCACUUGUCGCAGACAUCGAGGAUGGCAUUGAGGGUCCCUCGAGUCCUCGGCUACCAAAGGUGCUGCCCCGGGAAAACCCUCGUUCGCCAUGGAAGCAGGCCAGUCAGCGGCAGUGGUUUGGUUCGCGGGGUGCAGGGAGUUAUUUGGGAUGCCCAAGUCCGGGCCCAAGCAACAGCAACAGGUCCAGUCCGUUUGUGGAACAUCCCAAUUCAUCUGAAGGUCGAGAACGAGAGCGAGAACGCAGUGCUGGACGUGAGCUAGCAUGGACGCAGGAAGCACAAGCCGCUCCGAUGGUGGAUUCCAGGACGCCUGUUGAGCGGUUCAGACAUAAACCGAACAAGGCCUUCUCUGUGACGGACCUUGUGUCGCCUGCGUGGUGUGAAUUGCAGUACUGGUAUACCUUGACCAAGCACGGGAGGAAGAGAAGGACUUCGGCUAUGAAAAAGGGAAGCGUGGUACACAAGUCCCUGGAAGACGAGCUAUAUACCACCGUGCCUGUGGAAAUUACGACGAAAGAAGAUGCCUGGGCACUCAGGAUCUGGAAUGUGAUCCAGGGUUUGCGGUUGCUUCGUGAAUAUGGCGUUACUCGCGAGCUUGAGGUCUGGGGCCUUAUUGAUGGCGAGGUGGUCAAUGGAGUGAUUGACCAGCUGUCUUACAAGUGCCCCGACUCUGAGCUUGAAAAAACAGCUGCGGGAUUCUAUGAGGAUGCGGCAGCGUCGCGAGUGGCUUCACCUGAGUAUCAGAUGUCUUUGUCUGAUUUUUUGCUUUCUUCUUCUCAGGGUGGGAGAAGGCUUUCGGAUAUAGCCGAUAUUGAGCAUGUGGAGGAAUCUCCUCCUGUUGACGAAGAAUCGAUGGCAGUAUUUGGUUUGCCACGGAUAUACAUGACAGACGUGAAAACCAAGGCAAAUGGAUCAGCUCCUACAGUGAAGAGCACAUCUUUCCGACCGACGCUAUUGCAAUUGCAGCUCUACUACCACAUGCUCAAUCGUCUCAUAACGAGUGACGACGUCAAUAUCGAUGUGCUUGCGACACGUUAUGAUUUCGAUUCCGAACGACCGUUUACCGAACCCUUCAUAUCCGAGGUUGGCUGCCUGAACAAUGAAUUCUUCGACGCCGAUUCCUCCGAAGAACCAAUUCUGGAUGACUUGCCUGACCCAGACGAUGCUGGCAGAAGGUCAUCCGGAUCUCCGUCGGCAUCUAGACCUCCGAAGUCCAGCCAGGAAUCAACCGACAUUCUCGUGACCCAUAGAAACCUUUCUAGCCUCUGGGGCUACAUGAAAAAACAGCUUCGUUUCACAUUCCUUCAUUCGCCCUCUCCGAACUCAUCCUCCGUCGCGCCAUCUAUCCCUUCGCAUAGCCAGCCAAAAAUGCUGGAAGAAUACCAUACUCUCCUUUCUCCUGUUUUGACAGCUCGAUAUGUCUCCUCAACCCCUACCUCCGAUCUCCAACCUCGACAUAUCGGAAGUAGGUCGUUUCUCUUUGAUCCUGACCACAUGAAGUCCUACAUCACCGAGCAAAUGGAGUGGUGGCGCGGCCAGCGUGAUCCUCGCGGUGUCAAUGUUGUUGAGGCGUGGAAAUGCCGCAUCUGCGAAUUUAACGAUGAGUGCACCUGGAGACAGGAGCGAGCGAUGGAGUACGCGAGACGAAACACCAGAUGGAGAAGCAGUGCCUCGGCGGAUAUUUGA